AUGAGAAGCAGCUGCUCCAACUGUCAGGGAGUCUCAGUUUCCAAAGAUGAAGGCCUACAGUACAGACUUCAUUUUGGUGACAUUUAUUUCAUUAUCACUACUUCUUUUGAGAUGUAAAGCUGCCUUAAAACAAUUUCAAGCAACAGUCCAUAACACUAUGAACAAUCACACAUCGAUUUGCCAUGAUGGGUUCAUGUCUGUUUCCAUAUCAAAGGUGCAAUUUGCUGAUCUUCCUUUCGCCAUUUAUGUUCAGGAUGAACACAGCGGAUAUUACCAAGCCAUCGCUGUAGCAAAACAAUGCCACUACAUCCUUGGCGAAACUGACACCUUCAUUAUCCUAACAGUUGCUUUUCACGGAUGUUUUGUGAGAAGACAAAAAUAUACCACAGAUCUGACUGUUGUCAUCAUGGCACUUGCAGACAGGGGAAGAGUUGAAAUUGUCAAGUCAAUACCCCUCAUCUGUCAAAGGAAAAUUAAAGAAGUGAACAGAAUUGAUUAUCCACUGGUGUCAAGACAUUUGUUCUGCAACAAGAAUGGGUUCAACAUUACCAUCCCUCAGAAUGCCACAGUCCCACCUCUGAACGUGGAUGCAGUCUGGAUCCCUUCGAACCAAAGCCACGCCUGUAAACCCAAAAAAAGAUCCAUGGAGGCUGUCACUUUCAGCUUCUCAUUCUCUGACUGUGGCACUCAGUCCAUAACAGCAGAUGGCUUUAUAUCCUACUGGGUCAACAUUGAGGUGAAACAACAUCUGCAGAGAGGCUCUGUAUUCCGUGACACUCCGUUCCAUCUUACUGUGCGUUGUACCUUUGCACUGGCCCAAAUUACUCAUCUGGGCAUCGAGGUUCAGGGAGAAAAGUUCCUGUCAACACUGAAGAGUGAGGGAAUCUUGAGGACUGAAAUGAGGUUUUCCAAAGAUUCCAAAUACGGGUCUUUCUAUUCAUUUCAAGACCCUCCAAUCAUGACUGAGCUUGGCCAGCCUGUGUAUGUGGAAGUGUCUGCUCUUAAACAUAAGGACAAGGAUUUGACGCUGCUGCUCCAGGACUGCUGGGCGACACCGACUAAAAACCCACAUGACCCACAACGAUGGAACCUGCUUGUUAAAGGAUGUCCUUUCACAGGUGAUAACCACAAAACAGUUGUGCUGCCAGUUGUCUCCAGUAAGGAGCUGAAGUAUCCCUCUCUUCAUAAGUGGUUUGUGGUCAAGAUGUUCUCAUUUGUUAAGCCCCCAACAUUUGAACAUUUGGUAUAUUUCCACUGUGAUAUAGAGAUCUGUAAAGGACCAGAUUGCUCACAGUCCUGCAGCAGUGGAAGGCGUAAAUUAAGAAGAAUCACACCAGGGUCAGGACAAAGGAUUCUUUACAGUGUAGUCUCUGGUGGACCACUUCUUUAUCUACUGUAAAUAACCAAGUAGUCUAGUCAAGUCAUAUUUGGAACUGUUCUGUGAAAAAUAAAUCUGUACUGUACUAUAAAAGU